AUGAAUAAAAAAUAUAAAACUAAGAAGAAGAAAGUGGCACCUGCGAAUUUAGAGCAGCAAAACUACUGGGCUCAAUCAACGUACCCGUGGUACGACUGGAAUACAAACAAACCGACAAGCCGCAGUAAAAGCGAGGAAAGGCCGUUUCGACAAAUACCGUUUUUCCAAUCAUUUCGCCGUGAUCUUAGGGAGUACUUGCUGACCUCGACUCUACAUGGUCUUCGCUACGUCGGAGAAAAAAGGUUAACAUGGUUUGAACGAUUUUUUUGGCUGGCUGCUUUCGGUAGCUCAUUAAUCUGCGCCGCCUUCUUUAUUUUAAACGUAUAUGCAAAAUGGCGUAUGUCGCCAAUGAUUGUCAGCAUCAACCCCGAGAAUAUGCCAUUAAACCAACUACCUUUUCCUGCGAUCACCAUAUGUAAUGUUAAUCAAGCGAAAAAAUCUGUUGCAGAACGAAUAAAAAGAUCAGGGGAUUCUAUUGACAAAAAAUUAUUGGAAAGCUUGUGUUCAACUCAAACUGAUGCAGAUAUUUUCGAGGACGAGAUCGCUGAAAGUGCUAACUGGGACUACACACGCUCUUUUCUCAUAAAUGUAACGCAACCUUGCAACGAGAUGCUCUCUCUUUGUAUCUGGAAUUCUGUGCAAAUGAGUUGCCAAGAUUUGUUCAAUGCACAACUCACGGACGAGGGACUUUGUUGUACCUUCAAUGUAGUCCAUCGAGAGAAAAUGUUCCGAAAUCCAAAAGCACUGAAUGACUUGAACUUCACAUUUCCGUUACCAACAGUUGACUGGACUCCUGAAAGUGGCUACCCUACUGACGCGCCAGACGAUGGAUUCCCCUGGAAACCUAAGGGAAUUGGUACCGACCAUGGCUUAACUUUAGUUUUAGACGCAAACCUGGAGGAAUAUUACUGUGCCUCAACAAAAAGCACUGGAUUCAAGAUUCUUCUACACAAUCCGACAGAAACGCCAAAUAUAGCUAAACUAGGGGAAGUGUAUGGACCAGGAAUGGAAGCCCGCGUGGCCAUACAGCCGAGAAUCCUCGAUGCUCAACCAUCUCUUAGAUAUAUUGACGUCAAUAAGAGGCUUUGCCUUUUCUCAAGCGAAAAGGACUUAGUGUUCUAUAGGACAUACACAUUAAGAAAUUGUGAGAUGGAGUGUGAAUCACGCAACGUGCUAGACAUUUGCAAAUGUGUUCUUUAUUAUAUGCCUAAGAAUAAAACCACAAGAGUCUGUGGGAAGGCAGACGCGAAAUGUUAUAGCAAUUUAAAAAAUUAUGUACCCCAAGGUCUUGAAAGAGGUUGCGACGAAUGUUUACCUGCGUGCACGGAGAUAUCUUACUCGGAACGACCUAGUGGAGCGCCACUGAACAAAGCACUUGUUGACCGCUAUACGAAGAGUAUUAGCUUUGCCCAGAAUAGGUCCGCGGAAUAUUUUGCAGACAACAUGUUAAUAGUACAUUUCUAUUUUGAAGAUAACUCAUUUAUGAGAUUCACAAAAGGUGAAAUCUUUGGCCUCACAGAAUUUCUAUCAAACACUGGUGGCUUGCUCGGACUCUGCAUGGGUUUUAGCAUGAUGAGUGCAGUGGAACUAUUGUACUACUUGACUCUGCGAGCUCUAUGUGUUGCCAGACAAAGAAAAACGGUCCAACCUUUCAUUAGAUAG